GAAUAACCUUUAUCUAAAAAUUAACCCCCAUAGCAUUUUUAACAAAUCAAUAAACCUCCUUACCUAAGAAUUGUUAUAUAUAUGUAACUAAUAACUUUUAAUUUAAUUGCAUUUUUGUUUUUUCCAUAAAGGAGCAGCAAUAAUGAUUACAGUGGCAGUAUUAGUGGCUAUUUUGGCGGCGUCGGCAACCGCUUCAAAUUAUAUAAGAGUUUGCUAUUAUACAAACUGGGCUCAAUACCGACCUGAACCAAUGAAGUUUUUUCCUGAAAACAUUGAUCCAUUCCUGUGCACCCACAUUAUGUAUUCAUUUGCUAAAAUCACUAACUACAACAAACUCGAUAUGUAUGAAUGGAACGACGACAAAAUGUAUCCACGUGUCAUGGCUCUUAAGCAAAAAAAUCCAAAUUUAAAAAUAUUUCUUGCAGUCGGAGGUUGGAAUCAUGAAAAUGGAGAUACUUCGAAAUUUUCGGUAAUGGUAAACAGCCAAUCAAACAGACAAGCAUUUAUUAAAUCAACCGUUGAACUUCUUCGUCAAUGGGAUUUUGAUGGAUUUGAUCUUGAUUGGGAAUAUCCAGCAGGAAGAGGAAACUCACCGCCAGGAGACAAACAAAUGUUUACCUUGCUUUGCAAAGAGCUUAUUCAAGCAUUUGAUAAAGACGCUGUUGCAAGACAAAAACCCCGACUUCAACUAUCAGCUGCAGUAUCUGCUUCCCAUUUAGGCAUAGAUGCUGGGUACGAAGCAAAAGAACUUGGCAACUACUUAGACAUACUAAACCUCAUGACUUAUGAUUUACAUGGUAUUUGGGAUAAAGUAACUGGACAUCACACUGCUAUGGCUGGUGACGGAGUUAAUGCACCAAAUCGAAAAGAAUUUACUAUACCUUAUGCCGUUGAUCACUGGAUAAAACGCGGUUUUCCGGCCAAAAAAAUUGCCCUAGGUUUGGGCACUUAUGGUCGUGCUUUCUUCCUCAAAAAUCCAAGUGAUAAUGGACUCGGUGCUCCUAUAGAAGAUAGAGAUUGGAACAAAGCCCCUAAAGGAGAAUUUACACGGGAAGAAGGUUUUCUUGCUUAUUAUGAAAUAUGUAAAAUGGAUUUAACUGUUGUACAAGACAGUGUUGUUGACGCUCCUUACGGAUAUAAAGAGAAAACCUGGGUAGGAUAUGAUGAUGAAGCAAGUUUAAAGAAAAAAGUAGAAUCUCAAAUUUUCAAAAAGGGUCUUGCCGGUGCCAUGUUUUGGUGCUUAGAUCUCGAUGAUUUUAAUGGACGCCAUUGCGGCAAAGGACGUUAUCCAUUGAUGUCUUCAGUAGCUAAACUUCUUGGUGGAUAUACUCCUCCAGUUGAACCAACUUUCGCUCCAACAACUAAAGGACCAUCAACUCCUAGCAAAAGUAGUGCUGCCACUGAUGGCCCUGCUACCAAUCCCCCAAGUGGAGCAUGUAAAGCAAUUGAUCCCAGGGUACAAGAUCAAUGGUGUAACGAUAACUGCUCGAGAGGAUAUUGUCCCGCUGAGUUUUGUAAAUGUUUCAACAAGACUUGCAAAAUGAUAACGGCAGUGGUCUUGGUGGCUUUCUUGGCAGCAUCUGCAACCGCUUCGAAUUAUGUUAGAGUUUGCUAUUAUACAAACUGGGCUCAGUAUCGACCCGAACCAAUGAAGUUUUUCCCUGAAGAUAUUGAUCCAUUCCUUUGCACGCACAUAAUGUAUUCAUUUGCUAAAAUUACAAACUAUAACAAACUUGAUAUGUAUGAAUGGAAUGAUGAUAAAAUGUAUCCACGUGUUAUGGCUCUUAAGCAAAAAAAUCCAAAUUUGAAAAUAUUUCUUGCAGUUGGAGGUUGGAAUCAUGAAAAUGGAGACACAUCAAAAUUUUCAGUUAUGGUUAAUAGUCAAACAAACAGACAGGCGUUUAUAAAAUCAACUGUUGAACUUCUUCGUCAAUGGGACUUUGAUGGGUUUGAUCUUGACUGGGAGUAUCCAGCUGGAAGAGGAAACUCGCCUCCUGGUGACAAACAGAUGUUUACUUUGCUUUGCAAGGAACUUAUACAAGCUUUUGAUAAAGACUCUGUUGCAAGACAAAAACCAAGACUUCAACUUUCAGCCGCUGUAUCUGCUUCCCAUUUAGGCAUUGAUGCUGGGUAUGAAGCAAAAGAACUUGGAAAAUACUUGGACAUUUUGAACUUAAUGGCGUAUGAUUUGCAUGGUAUCUGGGAUAAAGUAACUGGUCAUCACGCUGCUAUGGCUGGUGAUGGAGUUAACGCACCAAAUCGUAAAGAAUUUACUAUACCUUACGCUGUUGAUCACUGGAUAAAACGUGGUUUUCCUGCAAAAAAAAUUGCUCUAGGCUUGGGCACUUAUGGUCGAGCUUUCUUCCUUAAAAAUCCAAGUGAUCAUGGUCUUGGUGCUCCUAUAGAAGAUAGAGAUUGGAACAAAGCUCCAAAAGGAGAAUUUACGCGCGAAGAAGGUUUUCUUGCUUAUUAUGAAAUAUGUAAGAUGGGUUUAACUGUUGUACAUAACAGUGUUGUUGAUGCUCCAUACGGGUACAAAGACAAAACCUGGGUAGGAUACGAUGAUCAAGCAAGUUUAAAAAAAAAAGUAGAAUCUCAAAUUAUUAAAAAGGGUCUUGCUGGUGCCAUGUUUUGGUGCUUAGAUCUUGAUGAUUUCAAUGGUCGUCAUUGCGGUCAAGGACGUUACCCAUUAAUGUCUUCAGUGGCUAAACUUCUUGGUGGAUACGUUCCUCCCGUUGAGCCUACGUUCUCCCCAACCACAAAAGGACCAUCAACGCCUAGCAAAAGUAGUACUGCCACUGAUCGUCCUGCAACAAACCCCCCAACUGGAGCAUGUAAGGCAAUCGAUGCAAGAGUAAAAGAUCAAUGGUGUAAUGAUAACUGUCCCAAAGGAUAUUGCCCUACUGAGUUUUGUAAAUGUUAUUCCUCAUUUAACAAAAAAAAGUUGAAACUUUUAAAUUUUGAGUCGCAAAUGAGCAUAGUCGCUAAAGUGGUGUUUUUGGUGGCUUUCUUAGCGACACAUACAAACGCUUUAAAUUAUGUUAGAGUUUGCUACUACACAAAUUGGGCUCAAUACCGAGCUGACCCCAUGAAAUUUUUUCCUGAAGAUAUUGAUCCACAGCUUUGCACGCACAUUAUGUAUUCAUUUGGAAAGAUUACUAACUACAACAAACUUGAUAUGAUUGAGUGGAAUGACAACAAAAUGUAUCCACGUGUCAUGGCUCUUAAGCAAAAAAAUCCAAAUCUAAAAAUAUCUCUUGCAGUAGGAGGCUGGAAUCAUGAAAGCGGAAGUACUUCAAAAUUUUCAGUUAUGGUAAACAGCCAAACAAACAGGCAGGCAUUUAUUAAAUCAACUGUUGAACUUCUUCGUAAGUGGAAAUUUGAUGGGUUUGAUCUUGACUGGGAGUAUCCAGCUGGAAGAGGAAACUCACCCCCUGGAGACAAAAAGAUGUUCACUUUGCUUUGCAAAGAGUUGAUACAAGCUUUUGAUAAAGACGCUGUUGCUAGACAAUUACCCAGACUUCAACUUUCAGCCGCUGUACCUGCUUCUUAUUUAAUCAUAAAUGCUGGAUAUGAAGCAAGCGAACUUGGAAAGUACUUAGACCUUUUGAAUUUAAUGGCGUAUGAUUUGCAUGGUGAUUGGGAUAAAAUAACUGGUCAUCACACUGCAAUGGCUGGUGAUGGAGUUAACGCACCAAAUCGUAAAGAAUUCACCAUACCUUAUGCCGUUGAUCACUGGAUUAAACUUGGUUUUCCAGCUAAGAAAAUUGCACUUGGUAUGGGCACUUACGGCCGCGCUUUCUCCCUUAAGAAUGCAAGCAAUCGCGGUCUCGGUGCCCCUACAGAAGAUAAAUCUCCUAUAGGACAAUAUACACGCGAAGAGGGUUAUAUUGCCUAUUAUGAAAUAUGUAAAAUGGGUCUAACUGUUGUACAAAACAGUGUUGUUGAUGCUCCAUACGGGUACAAAGACAAAACCUGGAUUGGAUAUGAUAAUCAAGCAAGUUUAAAGAAAAAAGUGGAAUCUCAAAUUAUCAAAAAGGGUCUAGCUGGUGCCAUGUUUUGGUGCUUAGAUCUUGAUGAUUUCAAUGGUCGUAAUUGCGGUCAAGGACGUUACCCAUUAAUAUCUUCAGUAGCUAAACUACUUGGUGGAUAAACUUCGCUAGUUGAGUUGUCUUUUUUCCUAAUAUAUAAAGCACUAUUAACACCCGAUAACAGUAGUGCUGCUGCUGAUUGUUCUGCUACCAAUCACCCGAGUAAAAGAAUUUGACCCGAGAAAAUCAAUUGUUUAACUAUAACUGUGGUAAAGGAUAUUUCACUUCUAAUUUUUGUAAAUGUUAACUAUUUAAAAAUCUAUCUAUUGCAAUUGCUUAUAUUAGGAGUUUUUAGCUGACUUUUUUUUUUUUUCUGGUAAAGAUCUUUAAAGUAACUAAAAGUAACUAAAAAGAAAAGUAUAACGUUGUAUUAGAACCUAACCUAUUUAAUUUUUAUUAGAAAAGUAAUUUAGGCGGAAGUGUAUUUCAGGGAACCCCCUUUAGAAAGUCCGUGAAAAAUGACCCACGUUUUACGCAAAACAUUUGAAAACCAUUCUAUAACUCUGGACCCAACAAUAAAGUUUAUUUUAUUGAAAGCCAUACUUAAAACAAAACCCUGGGGUAAAUCCUGAGCCUAACCCUAAAUGUCAGGUUUAGGGUUUAGUUAGUGUAUAAUUUUCAACAAUAUUCGUUUUAAUAAGACUUCAUACGGACAUACUAAAAAGGAGUGCCUGAAAUACACUUGCGCUAUAAAUAAGCUUUCUAAACUAGUUUUCAAUGUAACCUCUGCAAUUGUGACGUAUUAUUUGAAUUGUGACGUAUUAUUUUAAUUAAGACUGUAUUAUUUUGUUUGUAAUAUAGUUUUUUAAUUGUGACGUAUUAUUUUAAAAUUAGAAUUUUUUA